ACCAAUCCUUUUUUUGCUCGAAAACAAUGUCUUUGACUGGUCGUUCUCGUGUCACGGUUAAUGGAAUCCGAAGAAUGAGAACCUUCCAUUACUUCUGGUGUCAAAUUUGCCGACGUACUGUAAGGAUUAAUUCCUCCACAAAUCCGUAUGAAACCUUAUGUCCCUAUUGUUUCAGUGAGUUACGUCUUGAGCUAGACAUAUCCAGGCAUAGGCUUGUCACUGCAGGACUCACAGCCGUCGAACCCUCCCCCGCUAUCCGGUCCCUCGACACCUUGGCUCGUCUGCUGGACCCUGCAUUGUCGUCGUCAUCGUCUAUAAGGCGUCCUAAUACCGAUUUUGGCAGGAGACUUGAAUGGGUGUCAGAAACUGAAAAUGAUCCAGUUCAACAAUCUUGGAUCACCCUCCAAUUUGUUGCACCAACUCGUCCAACAAGACCCGUUUCUCCACCACCAGAUAUGUCUCUCCAAGAUAAUAAUACAAGUGAUUUCACAUUUGGGAACACACUAAAUGAGUUCAUCGAAGGCAUGGCACUGCUGAAUGAUUGGCCCGGACCGCCUCCUGCACGCUCUUUGGCUAUCGAAGCCUUGCCAAUGGUGAAAGUCACAAGAAGGCUUUUGGAUAAUGACCCAAGUUGCCCCAUAUGCAAGGAAGAGUUUGAGCUUGGUGGGGAGAUGAGAGAAAUGCCAUGCAAGCAUUUCUAUCAUAAUGAUUGCAUUGUCCCUUGGCUAAGCAUCCACAACACUUGUCCUGUUUGCCGCCAUGAAGUACUGCUAUUGCAAGACACUACUUCUAACAACGAUCUUGAAGACACAAAUGAUCAUGAUGGCUUUCGCUUUGAAAACGUGACAAACGGCCUCAACUGGUGGUGGAGUCAGCUGUAUUCUUUGUGGCCUUUACGUGCACUGUCAAAUUGGACACAUCGCUUCCUUUAUUCUGAAGAUACUCGUUAUCCUGAUGGUAUCUCUUGGUUGAUGCUCAUGGCUUAUUCCAUUGCUUUGUAUAUAUGUCACUACAUGUGCUAAACGAGUUUCAUACUUGUGAGCUUUAUAAUUGUAUUCUUCUUAAGGCAGGUAAAAAUUAAUUAUUGUAAUUAUUUUCAAGAUAGCCCUG